UUCCUUUCCUUUCCUUUGACAGCAAAAUGUGUGACCACAACACCAACCAGUUCCUUCCAGUCUUUCUUUCUUUCUUUCUACGCUGACUCGAAACCCGAACCCAUAGCUCACCCUUUUGAUUAAACAAACCAUUUUAUUUUUACCAUUCAAAGUUCAAAGUUCAAAGUUCAAACAACAACACUCCCCAUUAACCAGUUUGAACCUGAAGCGUUGGAUCAAUGGAACAAAAAGUGGAUGCUAUUAAUUUCAGAGUUUUCGGGAUGCUACAGACUGACUACCCUUUGUGUUUGUGGGAAUCAAUCUGAUUGAUGCCACAAUAUCCAUCUUACUCUCUCAUCACUGACACAUUCAUCAGCUACCCACACCCCUGUCUCUGUUUUCUGUUCUUCUUCCUCUCUCUGUUUCCCUCUCUCUCUCUACGGUCCCGGGCUUCAAAUGUGGAAAGUUUGAAUUCAAAACGUGCAGGCCACCACCGUCUCUCUCUGGCAAAGGUGGCGCAGUCAGGGAAGUGAGAAGAAGAGAUAGAGUGAUGGGUCAGGGGCUGAGUUGCAGAGGGAGCCAUGAACAUGGACUCUUCCGUGCUGUUCAGCAUGGGGACCUUCAAACUGUUUCCACUCUUUUACAGACACAUCCAGCUCUCAUGCAUCGAACCACUGUCUAUGACCACCACUCUGCUCUUCAUAUUGCCGCUGCCAAUGGCCAGAUCCAGGUUCUAUCUAGGCUUUUAGAUGGAUCUGCGAAUCCUGAUGUGUUGAAUCGCCAAAAGCAGACCCCGCUUAUGUUGGCUGCAAUGCACGGAAAAAUUGCUUGUGUGGAGAAGCUUCUUGAAGCUGGGGCUAAUGUAUUAAUGUUUGAUGCUGGUUAUGGAAGAACCUGUUUGCACUAUUCAGCCUACUAUGGUCAUUCUUCAUGCCUUAAGGCAAUUCUUUCUGCAGCUCAAUCUAGUCCAGUGGCAGCUUCUUGGGGGUUUGCUCGGUUUGUGAAUGUUAGAGAUGCUAGGGGUGCUACCCCAUUGCACUUGGCGGCUCGUCAAAGACGGCCUGAAUGUGUGCAUAUUCUAUUGUGCAAUGGAGCUCUUGUUGGUGCCUCAACUGGCAGAUAUGGCUGUCCUGGGAGCACUCCUCUUCAUCUAGCAGCCAAAGGAGGGUCUCUGGAUUGCAUCCGCGAACUAUUGGCAUGGGGUGCAGAUCGUCUUCAACGUGAUGCAUCCGGGCGGAUACCAUAUGUAGUUGCUCUGAAGCACAGACAUAGUGCAUGUGCAGCAUUGUUAAAUCUUACAGCUGCACAGCCUCUUGUCUGGCCAUCAUCUUUGAAGAUCAUCAGUGACCUCAAUCCAGAUGCCAAAGUUUUACUAGAGCGAGCCUUGAUGGACGCGAACAGGGAAAGGGAGAAAAAGAUAUUCAAAGAGAGUGCUUACUCUCUUCCAUCUCCAUCGCACUCUGAUCAGAUAGAUGACAAUAUCUCUGAGGUUAGUGAGACUGAACUAUGCUGCAUUUGCUUUGAGCAAGUGUGUACAAUUGAAGUCCAAGAAUGUGGCCACCAAAUGUGUGCAAAAUGCACACUAGCCCUCUGUUGCCACAACAAGCCUAACCCUUCUACUUCUUGUCCUAUCCCACCGAUUUGUCCGUUCUGCCGAAGCACCAUAGCUAGACUGGUGGUUAUCAAGAUAGAAAGUCAUGAUGACAUUGAUCAAGAUGGUUGUGUUGAUAUCUCUUGUUCCAAUCCAAGCAAGUCAUGGAAGUUCCGGAACUUGAACGAGGGUGGUAGCAGCAGUUUCAAGGGACUAUCAUCCAGUGUAAAUUCAUUUGGAAAGAUGGGUUGCCGCAGUUCAGGAAGGGUUGAAGUUGAAGAUGAGUGGGUUGAUAAUAAGCCACAAUGAUGACGACGAUGAUGAUGCCUGGUGUGAUUCUUAUGCUUAUUAUCAAUUAUAUUUGCAUAUUGGUAAUAUGUGGUAAUGAGUUGCUUGAUAGAAUGUUAGGCAAGGCAAAAUGAAAGCAUAAAGAGAAGGAGUUUGAUGUAAGAUUGAGAACCAAGCAAAGUAAGUUAAGUUAAAAAGUGUUGGUGGGGGGAGGAGUUACAUCAUGACAUCUGAGCUGUGUUACUUGAAAAUGAAGAAGCAUCGCCUGUUGUCAAUGAUAGUAUAAUAACAUGUUUGGAUCCGCUUCUCUUUCAUUAUAAUCCAUUCUGAAAACCAGAUCCUUCUCAUUAGAAUUGAUUCUGGCUUCAGAAUCAAUUGUAGAAGGGUUUCCAAACAUGUACUAAGUAAUCCUGUGAAGUGAGAAAAUAUUUUUCUCAUUGAUUAGAGUCUAAGUAUAAGAACAUGUGAAAAUGUAUUUGUGUAUUUGCUUCUGAUUUGUUGAACUGUGACAAAAUGAGCAAUAAAAUAUGAAAGGGAAAGACAUGGCUUGUUGUUGGUUGUCAUGUGAUUCAUGUGAUAA